AUUGGAUGUUGAAUAUUGGAGUCCCGCCUAGUUAGAACAAUGACUAAGAAGGCGAAGAGUGACCUUGCCGAGAAACUGAAGGCGGUGGGUGUGAAAUGCGAUUGGGGGACUGUUUUGGAAAAGGACAAUGAGUUUUCAUCUGUGACCAGUGAUUUGGUUUUUGAGAUUGGAAGGGCUCACGGUGUUUCUUCAAAUGUACAUACAAUAACAGAAGAGUAUGAGUAUGGAAAUUUUGUAAAUAAUUUGGAGAAAUUUUUGUGCGCUUAUGGAUGUCCGUAUGUAGCUCUAACUGAAGGUCCGGUAUCAGAACGAUUUUCGUCUGCUGCUAAUCGUGCUUUACUUUUGCAAUAUCUCUGUUCAGAAGUGAUGACUACCAGACAAAUGUCCAAAGUCAAUUCGGCCAAUAAGCAAACUAAUGGAAACCAUUCAAUGGAAGUCGAAACAUCCGAAGAUGAUCUGGAAAUUUUGACAUGGAUGCACAGGGCAUUUGUGGCUCUUGGUUUGACAAUUCCUCCGGAUGGUACUGCAUCUUCCUUAAUAUAUUCUAGUUUUCAAAAAGGUAUAUCAGAUAGUCUUUCACGAUGUCCACCUAAUCAUAUGGGUAAAUCGGUCAUUCCACUGACUGGUAUUAGUGACCGACAGUGGUCGCAGAUAAGUCGCAUCGCUGCCUUGCUUCAACAGCAGUAUGCCAGUCGUCAGUCUACUCUAUUGAAACGUUUAGAUGUUACAGUUCAAAGUUUUAAAUGGUCGGAUAAAGCAAAGUCUAAUUUAGACAAUAUCACUGCUGUAUAUAAUCCAAUUAGAGGAAAAAUGGGUCAGAUUCCCUAUCCUGGCAUUCCAGAAGUUUUGGCUGUACGAGAUAAUAUGAUAUUACGGAUUGAAAAGACGAGUGGUGCCAGUUCACGCCGUUACACAUCAUGUGACCUAAAUAAGAUUUUGAUUGGCAGAGUUCCUGAUCGAGGUGGUAGAGCAUGGGAAUUAGAACCUCCCCCACCUGAAAUGCCUGCCUUCAAACAACGCCAACCGGACAGUGGUGGUGGUGGUGGUGGACAUAGAGGUGGACGUGGUGGCGGCGGCGGUGUUGGUUUCGGUGAUAUUCCUGGAGGUCAUCGUGGUGGCUAUGGAGAUCGUGGCAGAGGUCGUGGAGACGGAGGACAUGGAGGCGGUGAGGAACAUAGGGCUUCAUUCGCACGUUUUUAUUGCGUUCGGUUUUCUGCCAACGUUUUCACCUGGCUCCACAUUUGUCCACAUGCUUCGUUUCCUCUUCACGCGACCUCCUCCAUGUCACGUCGCACUGACGACCAACUUGCCCCUUCACAUUCCGGUUCCACUCGAGCUAUGGCCUGGUGUGUGAUGUCACUCACUUGAUGGUUUCCUCAGUGUAUGGCCAAUCCAUCUCCAUUUCUUCCUGAAUAUUUGUCGCACGAUUGGCUCCUGCUGGGUUCGUUCGCUCCCAGAGAUCCCACUGUGUUGCUGAUCUUUUCUGGCCAUCUGAUUUUGAGCAAAGUAUUGAGCGAAGACAGCUGUUGGUGAAGGUCUGUAGUUUGUUCGAAGUGCCUUUCGUGACUCGGCGUCAAGUCUCUGAUCUGUAAAGUAGCACUAACAUCACAUUGGAGUUGAAAAUCUGCACCUUACUUUUCAUACUGAGUGCUGUUGAUCUCCAUACAGACUUGAGAGAAAUGAAAGCUUGCCUUGCUUUCCCGAUCCUCGCUUUGAUAUCCUCAUCAAUUCCGUCCGCCUGUAGUUGAAACGAUGCCUCCCAGGUAGGUAAAGGAUAUUGUUUAUUAGUGACUUCUAAGAAACAUUCAAACAGGCAUUCGAAUAUAAAGAGAUGACUAAGAAAUGUGUUUUGCAUGUCUUGCCAUCGCUUUCCUCAACCGGCACUGUUCACUGACAUAGGAUCAUGUUUAAAAAGAGCUAAUGGUGAUGGUGGUCAAACCGGAACAUAGAAUCAGUCAAUGAAGUCUUUAAUAGUUAGUUUGAGCCAAGUAGGCAGGUAUGGACUGCCUGGUUGUGGAUUUUAAUAAGCAAUGGCUGGAGAUAACCGUUAAUGAUAUGGCUCAAAAUCGUCCUUGCCAAUGGCAAAGAUUCAUUCUCUCUGCCAUAUCCAUUAAACCCGCAUGUUUUUCCAUGUUUCUGUUAUUUCUCCGUCAAUUUUCU